UAGGCCCAUACUCUAAAAAACAACAAAAUAACUCCCUAUACUCAUGUUUUUAGAUGUAUAUGUUCCCUUCAUUGGGGAUCUCAAAAAAUGAGAUCUUAGUCAAAGCACAAACUUCAUAAAACCCCAUUAACUUCCAUUAUUUUCUCCCCUUUCUUUACUCUAUAGUGAUGGCUUCCUCAUUUACCAAUUUCCAACAAGGAAAUAACACCCAAACACAACCUAACCACACUUCCAAUUCAGAUUUUCCUAUAGCAAUAGCACUUCUAGCCAUAAUGGCAAUUGCAAUCCUACUAGUAAGCUAUUACAUCUUUGUUAUCAAAUGUUGCUUGAAUUGGCAAAACCUUGACCCCCUAAGAAGGUUUUCAAUAUCAAGGGCGAGCCCACGAGACUCUGAUCACAUGGGCUCCCUUAUCGCGUUUUCCCCUAUGAUGGAUGGUAUCCACCAUCGAGGGCUCGAUGAGUUUCUCCUCAACAAUAUCCCUUCAAUCCAAUAUAAAGCUAAUCAACCUAACCCUAAUGGCUUACGCCAUGAGGGUAGUGUGAGCUUUAGAGGUUGCUCAGUUUGUUUAAGCCCAUUUGAAGAGAAAGAAAUGCUUAGAGUUCUUCCUAGAUGUAAACACACUUUUCACUUGGAUUGUAUUGAUGUUUGGCUCUUAAACAAUGCAAGUUGCCCUCUUUGCAGGUCUAGUAUUUCAGGUCGAACCAAGUAUCCAAUUGAUCAUAUCAUUGCACCAAGCUCUUCACCUCAAGAAAUGAUAUCCCCUUACAUUAGUGGGAACUUAAGUAUGGUUAAUUUUAACGGGGAUGAUCAAGAUUAUUUAGUUAUUGAGCUAGGAGAAGAAGAUCAUCAUAGAGAUCAAGUCAAUAAUAGUACUAGUUGUAAUCUCUCAACAUUACAAUCACAAAGAAAAUUAGAUUACAAGAAGUUACAAUUAGCUAGAAAGUUACAAAAUUUCUCUAUAAUGGGAGAUGAAUGCAUUAAUAUAAGGCUAAAAGAUGAACAAUUUGAGGUUCAACAACCAAUAAGAAGAUCAUUUUCCAUGGAUUCAGCUCAAGAUCAUGGGUUAAUCUUGCAAGUACAAGAGAUUGUAAGGAAAAAUCAUAGACCGUUAGUUGCUAAUUACAAUGGGGUUAAUAGUAUUAAUGAAGAGUGUAAUAAUGGUAGUAUUGGAAGGGUUAGAAGACCAUCAUUUUUCUCAUUUGGGCAUGGUAAUAGAUCAAGAAGUUCUUCAAUACUUCCUAUUGAAUGUGAUAGAUAAUGAUCCAUUAUUUUGUUUAAUCUUGUAUGAAUCUAUUCAUUUAAUUGUUACUUAAUGUUUAAAGUUUAGAUUUAUUUAGUUGUAGGGUAGUUUUUUAAUUGAGAUGAUAGAUGUUCAACGGUUCAUGGAUUUUGUCCAAUAUUGAAAAUAUUUGAUUUUUAGG